AUGGAAUCAGCCCAUAAAGCGAAGACAUCUAGGGAUGAGACACCUACUUUGGAACUUACUGGUGUGAUGCAGCUCCCAGAAAACACCAACUGCCUGGCUUGCUCAGACGACGGCAGGUACCUCUGUCUGGGCCACUCCGGGGGCUUGUCUGUGUGGUGUGCGUCAUCUCUGAAUCGUGUUGCAGGGUGGCUGCAGGACAGGCUGGAAAUUACAUCUAUCCAGAUGACCAGUAUGUCUAAGACCAUGUAUCUGCUUGGCACUGUUGAUGAUAUGGGUGUUGCGAGAGUCUUUGGUCAUCAUUCAGACUCGAUAUACCUCCUCUGCGUUACUAACAUUAUGGAAGAUAUCAACAAAAGGAGCAUUUGUUUGUCAUUUGAACUAUUUGAAGGGGGAAAUUAUGGAGCUGCAUCACUCAGUUGCGGCGGAGCUGUUUGGCUCGAGAUCUACCACUUCCCUUCAGCAGCAUGGCUGAAAGAGUUGGAGAUGGCACAGAACCCAAACUCAUCUGAAUGGUCACCAGUUACCGUAAUGAUUCAAAUCAGGCCACCAAAAAUCCCAACAGGUAAGCCAGCAGACUUUCUGAUGCACUGUUUGGCUCUGGACAUAAUCAGGAGCAGCAGCCAUCGUUUGGAGAAGCCGCCCUUCAGAUUACUUGUCGCUGUUGCUGUGUGGUGGAGUGGCAGCUGUAAUCUUCUUCAGUAUUUCCUAAAAAAACCACCAAAGAGCAGCCCAAAUGUGGACCCAAUGCCAGAUGUAUUGUGGCCAAACGCAAAGGAAAUCCUCUGCUCAGCUGUUAGUAAAUGCACCCGUUACAUCGCUCUUGGGCUCAGUGAUGCCUUGGUGUGUGUCUGGGACAGGCGAUCCGGGGCUCCAUUGUCUAUCGUUUUAAUGCCAGAAGCAAACAGCGCCUUAUUCAGGGUACAGUUUGUGGAUUGCUGCCCUGUGACUGAUGAUGACUUCCAGAUUUCUACUGCUGAAAAAGUCCAUCUUUUGAUAUUGUGUAAAAGUGGAGCAAUUCAAACCGUCACAACUGGACGGGGGACAAAACCCAGCACAAAGCAGCUCUCUGAAAGGCCAAAGGACAGCAAGGACCUGUCGCCUGUUACUGCAUCAGUGCAGUUCCUGCAGGGAUUGUCACUUGUAAUGCAAAGAAGUGGGAAAAUUUCCAUCCACGAUGUCAUCAACAACACCACUGUGUGCUUCCUGACUCCUCCCACAACUCAUCUCAUUACGACUCCCCACAGUCCAAUUUAUGCGCUGAACUCCAAACAGCAGAGUCUGUUCAUACGAGGUGACCAGGACACCAGCUGCAGUGUUACAUCUGAAGAAAGGAGCCAGAGCCAGCUUUUCGUCUUCCGUUUUGCAGAGUCUGACAUCUUUAAGCAGCACGUUGUUUCAUAUCCUGAGUCCACACGACAGCAGCAAACUCUGAGCUACAACACCUUAGAGGAAACCUGCAAUCUCUACCUUCAGAAGAGAGCACAGUCUGUGGAGGAAAGGAACAAAACUCUGACACAGACAUGGGAGCAGCUGCAGGAAAAUCCAAUGAAGAAUUACAGCAAAUGA